AUGCCAUCCUCUCCACCUGCUGAGCCUGAGGAACGACAGCGACAAGGCUCCAAAGCCCCUUCCGACUCUGUCGAGGACGAGCCCGUCGGGUCCGACAGGUCGACCGAGCCCAGCAAGAUGCCUCCGCCGUCUGAAGAGGUACAGCCGACCGCUGGCGUGGUCGAGUCUAAAGACCGACGAGUUGCGGAUGGAAGCACGUCGGAUGCCGUCGACGGAGUCGCCCCAACCCGUCUAGACCGUCCAGACAGUCGCGAGCCCCACAGUAACGGUCGCUUGAACGGCGGCUCCGAUACCGACGGAGCUGAACCCGUCGACGGCGAUAUCGGUGACGCUGUCAGCGCACCAGACUCGCCGCCACUUGGCGAUGAGAUCGUCGUCCACGAUGAUGCCGCACAUGAUCGGACGACCUCCGCCAACGACGAGGACGAGUCCAUGGCUGAUGCCAGCCCGGAUGAUCCUGCCGGUGCCGACGGCCCGCCUCGCCUGAUCGACGCCUCCGCCUCCGCCGCCGUCAAGGCCUCGCCUUACCCCAAGCGCAAACGCACCGCUUCCAAGAUUGCCCGGGCCAACGGUGAGGCUGACGUGGCCGACCCGCCGUCUCUGGUGGCCGACGCAAAGCUGGACCGCACCACCCAGCCCCCAAAGGCCUCGACGCCCAAGGGACGCGCCGCCAAGACGGCCGCCUCCGUCGUCUCCAGCCCCUCCUCCUCCUCCCGGAAGAGCCUGGGCAACGGUAAGAUGGUCCUCCUCGGCCACUGGAGGGACUCGCCGGCUCCCGACGACGAGCAGAAGCACGCCGCCGUCGGCUUCAUCGACGUCCGUGAGCGACUGCGCACCCGCGUCCAGGGCUGGAACCGAAAGGGCGAGCACAUCACCCACACCUGGCCUCUGGCAGCCAAGUCGGGCGCCAUCUGGGUCACCUUUGACGGUAUCGUCUUCCUCCCCCACCUCGUCGGCCUCGACCAGCUCCAGAUCAAGGAGUACGUCCGCAUCCGCGGCGAGGCCCUCGAGGCCCUCGAGAAGAGGGGCAUGCUCGCCGAGGAGACGGCCGAGGCCCGCGAGGCCGCCGAGGCCAAGGCCGUCCAGGAUGCCGUCCAGACGGCCAGGCAGGCGGCCCUGGCCGACAGGGGACCCUCGUUCUCUCCGCAGCCGCUCAUCGCCUACGGUGCCCAACUCCCCGAGUCGGCCAAGCGGCGCCGCACCAGCGGCAGCUUCACCGCGGCCGGCCCGGUGACCGGCGCGGCCGAGACGGACCGUGACCGUGAGCCGACAGCGCUCGACCCGCUCCACGGCACGCGUCCGACGCGCAUCCUCCUGGGCGUCUGGUCCAAGUCGGACGCUGACACGCGCGAGGGCCGCCACGCGAUAUACGGGAUCCUGGGCCAGAACGACAUGUUCCGCGUCAAGCUGGUGCGGGAGACGCGCACGGGCGAGUUCAGGGACGGCAACUUCCCCCCGGCUGCGGGGGCGCUCUGGAUCCCCUACGAGGAGGUCGAUUUUGACCCCCACCUCAAGGGCCUGACACGCGCAGAGGUCAAGGAGUACUGCCGGGCGCGCCAGUACCAGAUCGACCGGGGCGAGGGGGACGACGAGCGCGUCGCCAACGAGGCCGAGGCCGUGCGCCAGGCUCGGGACCGUAUCAGCCGCAGCGCCGGGAGCGGUGCCGGCGCUGCCCAGCGACCUGGAGACAAGACCUCCGUCCCAGCUCAGAUCCCGUCCACCCAGCGAAGUGAGCCUACGCCGGACCGGCAGCAACCCGCCGCCAGCCGGACAAGCCUGAGCGGCGGCCAGGAGCUCCGCUCAUCCCGACGCGUCGAAGCCAUGAAGCAGCAGCAGCAGCAGCAGCAGCAGCAGCAGCGGCAGCGGCAGAAUCAGCGGCAGCAGCAGGGCGAAGAGGGUGGUCAGCAGCCAUCUCUGCGACACCAGCGAUCCCAGCGAUCCCUCACCCAGCAGGCACGCCGUCAGGAGGAUCAGCAGCCGGUCACCAGCAACGGCCGACGCUCGCUCGGCGGCAGCAGCAGCGGCAGCAGCAGCGUCGACGCGCCCACCCGUCCGAACCACGCGCUGGAUAAGACGGCCCGGCUCGCCCAGCGGGAGCUCGCGCGCGCCGAAGCCACGCAGGGCCGGGCCGACCUCCAGACCCUGCACCGGCAACGCGCGGCCACGGCGGCGGCAACGGCAGCUGCCGAGGCGGAAGUGGAAGCGACGACGGCAGCCGCAGCCGCAGCCGCAGCCGCAGCGACGGGUUCCCGCUCCGGAACGGGAUCGGGAUCGGGAUCGGACCCGACCACGACCGCGACGACGACGAAUGGGAAUGGAAAUGGUACCUCCUCCUCCACCAUCACCACGACACCUCGCAUACGAGAAUCUGACGACAUCCGACGGCUCAACGACAUCUGGGCCCGGCAGGAGUCAAGGCGCGCCAGGGCCCUGGGAGGGGACGACACCAAGAUAUACGACGGCGUCAAGUACGAGCGUAAGACGAACGGACCGUUUCUGGGAAAGCUCGUGUCUCACGGGAGUAUCAUUACCAUUGAUGGGGAGGAUUAUGUCGAGUAUCGUGUUCUUAUGAAGCCAUCAUUUUUUUAA